AUGAGAUUGGAGCAUAGUUGUGAGAUUACUUAUUGGCACGCUUGGGAAGCUCGUGAGUUUGCUAUUGCAGCUGCUAGAGGUAUACAAGAUCGCAGUUAUGCUAAAAUGCCAGCAUAUUUGCAUAUGAUUAAAGAAGCUAAUCCUGUUAGAGGAUUCUACAAUGCAAUGCGAAGGGUGAUUGUUGUUGAUGGAACUUUUCUGAAAAAUAAAUACAAAAGAGUUCUACUUGUUUCUACUGCUGUAGAUGGUAACUCUAAUUUGUAUCCGAUUGCAUUUGGGGUUGUUGAUUCGGAGAAUGACGAUUCAUGGGGGUGGUUCUUCAGACAGUUGAAAGUGGAUAUUACUGAUUGUCAAGACCUAGCUUUUGUCUCAGAUAGAAAUGCAUCUAUUUCUAAAGCGAUUGGGACUGUCUACCCUCAAUCAACACAUGGAAUUUGCAUUCAUCACUUGUUGACCAAUGUGGUUGCAUUUUUCAAGACAAAAGGGUUGAGUGCCUUGGUGGAAAAGGCUUCACGGGCAUAUUGGUACACUGAAUUUCAGGAACGUAUCACCGAAAUUUUUGAAAUGAGUCAUGAGCUUGGAAGAUAUCUACGGGAGGCUGAUGUGCGCAAAUGGGCUCGUUCUCUCUUCUCUGGUGAAAGGUAUGACAUUAGGACCACAAACCCUGCAGAGUCGAUAAAUUCAGUUCUGAGAAUACCUAGAGAAUAUCCGGUUAUUCCUUUGCUAGAUAGUAUAAGAGAACUGUUGACUCGAUGGUUCUAUGAGCGUCGUGUGGUAAGCUCUAAGCAUCUUGAUCCUUUAACCACUAAGGUGGAGAAAAAUAUUGAUAGGAGAAUUCUGAAGGCAAAAGGGUUUCAAUUCUACAAGGUUGACGACUUCAAAUCGCUUGUGAAAGGAAACAUAUAUGAUUGUCAUGUUGAUUUGGAAAGAAGAACAUGCACAUGUGGGAACAUAUCGACUCCAAUCAAUCACGUUUUUGUUGGUACAGGCAUGGAAAUGCACAGAUUUACUGACAGCUUAUACACCACUGCAGCGUGGAGAACCGCCUAUGCGGAAUGCAUUAAUGCAAUAGCAGUUCCAGAGUCUGAAUGGAAUGUCCCUGCUGAGGUUAAACUUGCUAAGGUUUUACCACCAGAGACAAAAAAUAGUGAUGGUCGGCCAAUAAAGAGAAGGUAUGAAUCAGUAGAAGACAAGAUAAAUCUUCUCAAGGAUCAAGAAAAAAUAAAAAGCACAAGUGCAGUCGUUGUGGUACCGAAGGACACAAGAGAGGAACAUGUGAUUUACCCAUCUAGUUUGUUCUGUGUGUUCUGA